UUUGUUUUCUUGCAAGCAGAGUGUGAGCAGCGGCUUACCCUUAUCUGAUAAAUGCCUCCGCUCUUCUUCUUGUUUGAGAAAAAGCUGCCGUUCAUCUUCUCCUCUGCUUUGCUGCAGCUGAUCCAUCUGUCACUCAACUGCAGCCGGGUGCCACCAUGAGCUUUCGGAAACUUAGUUUCAAAUGGUUUGGCAGCCUAACCAACAUCUCUUUUCGUCGCUCCACUGACAAAUCGGACUCAAAGGCCUCCAAGUCAAAGACUGGAGAUGAUGGUGAAUGUGCUGCCUCAGCUAAGUUGAGCACAGUUGUUGAGACAACACUGGACGAUCUGGGGGCAAUGCGUCCUCGCACCGCCAGCUACGUCCGCUCCAGUGAGGACUACACACACGUGGGCACGCUGCCUCGGCUGCUGAUGAGAAAGAGGGACAAAAGCAGCAAAGUCUCCAGCAGCAGUAAAAAGACUAAAGAGAAGAGCAGCAUCAACAGAAGUCAAAGCCAGAGACCAGCAGGAGACAAGAAAGAGGUUUCACAGACACUUAUAGCUCCCUUGUCCAAGACAUCUGAGGUUAAAGCAGAAGUCGCUGCUGACACCGGGUUGAAAGAAGUCCCUUCAGCUGAGGGUGGAGAAAAUGUCCCAGAUGUUACUUCAACUGUUUCCAAGACGCAGUCUGAACCUGUAGAAGAUCCCACAGUCAACCAAAUCAUCCAUUCUGGAAACAAUACCGCCAGUGAGGAAGUGCUACCACCUGGUGGUUCAGAUGUAGUACAUCAGUUGGAGGAGAAGAAAGUGUUGAACCCUGAAGAGACUCCUGUUAGUCAAGAAAGAGAAGGAACUAUAGAAAGUGAUGGAUUAGAGCUAAAGGAGGAUGAACAGAAAGCAGAGAUGGAUGAAGGAAACGACAUUUACUGCCUCAUGAAGCCGGCAGAUAUCCAGGCAGAUCAAGUUCAGUUUUCAAAGGAGAAAUACCUGCUGGAGUCUCCUCCGGAGAAACUUCGUAAAGAACUGGAAGAGGAGUUGAAGAUGAGCCCUGCUGACAUCCGGAGCCAUGGCUGGUACCAUGGUCACAUACCCAGAGAGGUGUCUGAGUCUCUGGUUUUGCGAAACGGUGAUUUCCUUGUGCGAGACUCCCUGACCAAUAUCGGUGAUUAUGUUUUGACCUGUCGAUGGGACAAUGAGGUGCUCCACUUUAAGAUCAGCAAAGUUCUGGUGAAAUCAAAUGAGACCAAGGUGCAGUACAUGUUGGAAUCAGACAGCUUCGACUCUGUUCAGGAGCUUGUACGCUUUUACGUGGGCCAACGCAAAGCCGUCUCGCAGUCCAGCGGCGCCCACAUCUACUGUCCCGUCAGCAGGACUCUACCUCUGCGCUACUUGGAGGCGACCUUCGCCCUGUCCAACAGCAAGCACAGUUCCGCCUACUCGCCGUCCAGCCAGAGGGGGGCGUACAUCAAGCGACGAAGUGUCACCAUGACGGACGGGCUGACGACAGAAAAGAUGAUGCCUCACAGUGAUUCAGACAGCCCCAGUCCAGUUGAGACACCGUUGGCCCCACCUGAGCCAGAGCCGGAGCCUGUGUCCGAAUGCAGCCCAUCAACCAUUCACCAUCACAAAGACGCAAUGCGCAAUUGUGCGAUGAGUAUGGACCAGAUUCAGGAGUACCGCUGCCCCUUGUCGCCUGUCGGGGAAACCCCACUGUCUCCUGCGUAUAGUGCUGUCACCAGGCAGAGAGCCCACUCAGGCGGACGGGCCCUGGCUGUCGUCCCUCCCUCCCCCGUGAUGCGCCGUUCCAGCGACCCUCAGCUCAGCCCCUUGGACGGCAGCGCUCCCACAGAAUAUCCCAUGCAAACGUCUCAGUCGGUACACUCCUCGCCUGCCCAUCAUUCCGCCUAUCGAUCGCAGUCGUUGGAGACGGCUGGAAGUUACUGUGACCUCAGACCCUGCGGGCCACCCAAACCCCCAACUAAGAGCUACGUAGAGCGACUGCGAGUAGAAGAGUUGAGGAAAGGUGAAGGCAGAGAAGGAGACGGGACAUCUGUUGCCCCGUUGGUGGAGUCGACCUCCUUGUUCAGGCCAUCCAGGUAUGAGUCUAAUCUACUUCCUGCUGAAAAUAAGCCUCUGGAGAUGUCAGUCCUGAAGAGAGUCAAAGAGCUGCUGGGUGAAGUCGAUGCCAGUACCGCAGCUAAACACAUCACACUCGGCGACUGUAAGGUUGCUAGAAUAUUAGGUGUAACAACAGAGAUGCAAAGGAUGAUGGGAGUGUCCUCAGGGUUGGAGUUAUUGACUUUACCACAUGGGCAUCAGCUGAGACUUGACCUGCUGGAGAGGUUCUACACCAUGUCUAUCAUGAUGGCCGUGGACCUCCUUGGCUGUACAGGAAGUACAGAGGAGAGAGCGGCCCUGCUCCAUAAGACCAUCCAGUUAGCAGCAGAAUUGAAAAGUAACCUGGGAAACAUGUUUGGUUUUGCGGCUGUGAUGAGAGCCCUGGAGAUGCCACAGAUUUCCCGCCUGGAACAGACAUGGGUGACUUUACGCCAGAGACAUACAGAGGGCGCUAUUCUGUACGAGAAGAAACUCAAACCAUUCUUGAAAAACAUGAAUGAUGGCAAAGAGUCCAGUGUCAUGUCCAGCACCUCCUUCCCCCACAUCCUCCCAGUCCUGUCUCUACUGGAGAGAGGCGCUGCCGUCGGGGAGGUGCUCGAACCCUGGGAAAGCUCCGAGGCGGGCGUGGACGUGGUCAUGCACCACCUAGAGGCUGCACGUACCAUUGCACAUCACGGGGACAUCUACAAAACAACUGCUGAGACCAGGCUGCAGGGACUCCAGGAGCAAGCCGAGAUACACGAGGUCUUCCAGACUGAGUUUCAGAUGCGUCUGCUGUGGGGCAGCCGCGGGUCUGAGGGCAACCAGUCGGAGCGCUACGAGAAGUUUGACAAAGUUCUCACAGCUUUGUCGCACAAACUGGAGCCUCCUGUGCGCCACAGCGAGCUAUAGCAUCAGCCCAGAAACUCCAGAUCGCCAAAACAACUUGUUGCACUUACCACUCCCAGUGGUAUGGUUUUAUUUUGUGCCGGAAGUGGGGAUGAUGAUGUGAAAGAAGCAGAAAUGAAUGAGGAGGCAGCUAAAAGUGCACGAGGAGAUUUCUUUACUUAGAACAAGUGUGGCACUCACUGUGGAAAUGAAAAAAAAAAUCAUGUGUACCUCCCUGUGGACUAACCUGCUAAAAUAUUUAAAUCUGAGGGAAAAGCUGUUCGAUGGGAACAUGUGUACGGUGGGCUCUGAGGGCCAAGUGAAGCUGUGAAAUUUGGCUUCGCUCCAGUAAAACUCAAACCUACGACUGCUGUCACAAACUAUAGCCAAGAUAACUGUAACGUUUUACAUAGCUCUCGAGAUGUUUAGUCUUUGUGAGUAUGCGUGCAUCGAUAAGCCUACUCCUCCAUUUUUGUUUCUGCUGUUUUAUUUAUUUGUUUUUUCUAAAAUAAUAUCAAAACACUGUGGCCACUUCUAAGUGAAACUCAUGAAUCUCUCAGUGCUAAUCACGAAGCUAACAAGACCUUAUUUUAUAUGGAUCACGCAAUCCCAUCUAGUCCUAUUAAAAAUAUAUCAGGCAUGCAUUAUAAAUGCAGAGAAAGUGCAAGUCCAUCUCAGCAAAUAAAUUAAUUUGUUUUUGUAAUCCAGUUCAAAAAGUGACAGACUUUGGAUCCAAAUAUGGCAAGAAAAGGUUAAGUGGGAGGAAAAUGUAUAAGAAAAAAGAAGACAAGCUGCAGGGAUUUUGGAGUUGGAUGUAAUCUGUGACUGGAGUGAGUCUUUCUUUUCAGAUCAUAGUUUCUCAAUAAGCACACAAUGAUGGGCAAAGUGUGUCUUGAGAAGGUUGCUGAACAAAACGAUGUGGCCCACAAACUGCAGCAUUCAGAUGUGGUAUUUUCUCCUAGGGGAAACUUUUACGCUGCCUUGAACUUGGUGAUGCAAUUUUCCUGCAGUUGUGCGGUCCAAAUGCAUUUAGUGCUUUAGAUACAUGCGCAGUUAUAAUAGUCCAUCCUCAACAUGUUAUGGUGGUAAUCAGAUUUUGCUGAUUAACCUUUCCCUCAAACACUGGAUUAUGAUACAAUGUCACUUUUUGAGUAAAAUUACAAAAAUAAAUUCAUCUUAAGAUAAUAUUGUAUUUUACAGAGAUGCAACUGUAUGUCAUGUUUAAUUUAUGUUUAGCUUGAAUGAUGGCUGUAUGUUUUUCAAUUUAUGUUUCAACAAUAGAGCUAAAGUAAUUGGAACAACAUCUGUUUUAUUUUCAAGUAUUUUUGCUGUAAACUGGUCUGAGAAGGCUGUCGGCGUCUCUCAGAGCUAUGCAAUCGUUUCAGCUGGGAACUCUCAAGAUACUUAAGGGAUUUUACUUUUCAAAUAGGUAAUUGGAGAUAUCAUGUGAGAUAUCAAAUCAACUUUUUCCUGAAAAUGUUCCAUCUACCCCCACAGUUGUGCAUUUGAACUUUUCUGUGGAUGUUGGAUCUAUGAUCUAUUCUGGAGAGUUGGUGCCAUGUGCCACUUCCAACAGGAGAGGGCGCACUUUAGUCAGCAAAAAAAAAGAAAAAAGGAAUAAAGACAUUACACAGAGGCAGGAAGAAAUUACACAGAUCUUGCUUGUUUUGUGACCAAGAUGAUACCUACUGGUUUAGGUUUCACUGACAUGAUGAUGAUGUGAAGUGCUUUUAUUUGUAUGAAGUAAGCAAAAAAAAAAAAAAA